ACUGAUUUUUGAGAUCCAGUCACCGAAAACUUCCACCAUUCCGUCAAUAACCGAGAGCCGACCCGCAGGGUGGCGAUCAUUUGAUAAGGGUUCUAUCUGCGAUAGGCUGGUAGGCCAGUCUAUUGGUGGGUGUGUGAAUACCUGUGGCAACUGGAAGUUGGCCCUGAACGCAGAGCCCCCGUGGCUUUGCUAGCACCCCCAUAGUGAUCUUGUCUUAACCCGCCUCCCCACGACUCACACAAUUCUCGUUGACAGCUGCCUCUUUGCUGCCUAGUGCCUACAGAGUAUCUCUUAGAAAUUCAAAACAAUCAAGAUGAAGGUCACAAAUUUGGACGAACGCAUCCAUGUUUUGGACAGUGCGUCAAAUGUUAUGAGCGUCAUCAAAGAUAUUGCAUUGAGUGGAUUGCAAGAAGAAGCUUUUUAUGUACUUGAUAUUGGAGAUAUUGUUCAAAAACACCAAAUUUGGAAAGAAAAACUACCACGUGUUAACCCAUACUAUGCUGUGAAGUGCAAUGAUAACUUAGUUGUAAUUGAGGUACUAGCUGCUCUUGGUAUUGGUUUCGAUUGUGCAUCAAAAACGGAGAUUAAUAAAGUAUUAAGUGUUGGAGUAGAUUCGUCAAAAAUUAUAUUUGCUAAUCCAGCAAAGCCUGCAUCACAUAUUCGCCAUGCUGCUGCAGUUGGAGUGGAUACAAUGACAGUGGACAAUGAAAGCGAGUUACAUAAAAUCAAGAAGCUUCAUCCUGAUGCUAAGAUCGUUAUUAGAAUUCGUUGCGAUGCAGAACAUGCUCAAUGUCAGUUGGGCAUGAAAUUUGGUUGUGAUCCUAUAUAUGAAGCUCCUAAUCUUUUGCAUCUUGCACGUAUGCUAGGACUUACCGUUGUUGGUAUCAGUUUCCAUGUUGGUUCCGGUUGUCAAGAUCCACCAGUAUUUUAUCGAGCUAUACGGCAUGCCAAAACAUUGUUCGACUUGGCGACAGAUCUUGGUUUUAAACCAUAUUUGCUAGAUAUUGGCGGUGGCUACCCAGGAAAUAAAGGCACCAGUAUUGAUAAAAUUGCUGACGUUAUUAACAAAGCACUUGACGAAUAUUUCAAUACUGAUGCUGUUCAUGUAAUUGCUGAACCUGGCCGAUUUUAUGUUGCAUCUGCAUUUACACUUGCUACAAGUAUUCAUAGCAAACGUGCAGUGCGUGGCAACGAAAAUUCACCAAACACAAUCACACAUAAUAUGUAUUAUAUCAAUGAUGGCGUUUAUGGCUCCUUCAAUUGUUUACUUUAUGAUCAUCAACAUGUUACUCCUGUACCUUUAAAGAAAGGUUACGGUAAGAUGAUUUCCUCAAGUAUCUGGGGACCUACAUGUGAUGGUUUGGAUCAAGUCGCAGAAAAUGUUUUAAUGCAUGAAAUGGAUCUUGGUGAUUGGAUAAUUUUUGAAAAUAUGGGAGCAUACACAUUACCUGUCGCUUCUCCAUUCAAUGGAUUUCCUGUACCAAAGGUUCACAUUGUUGCUGAGGAAAACAUUUGGCUUCUUUUAAAAGAUGCUUUGCCCUUGACCGAAGACCAUUUUGUUAUUGGCAAUACACCAGCUAACUUACGACUCGGUCUGGAUAUUGGUGGAACUGAUAUUAAUGCAUGGCGUAAUCCAAACAUUGAACUGACGUCGGCUGACAUUUUGGUUGAUGCUACUAAUACAUCAUUCAUCUAUGAUUAUGUUGAAGUUGAUCCACUGAAUUAACUAUAGCGAAUAGUGCUAACCAUUGUAAAUGUGCUUUGCAUUUUUACAAAGGUUCAUUUGUUUCACUUUAAAAAUACGAUCAUGACAUUGCUUCAGAUUAAUUUUGUUUUGAGAUUGGUACAUUUAUGAUUGCCUAUUUUAUAUUGUUUUUUUACUUUUAAGCUUCCAUUUUUGCGCGAAGCUUUAGUAUAUGUGAACACUACUAACAAUUGAUACCAUUGCCAAGGAAAGGAAAUGUUCAUAUUUCUCAUUCCUUAUUAAAUAUUAUGAACGUGCAAAUUAUUUCCGUUUCCAAACUAUAUUGAUAACAUAUAUCUCUUAAUUUCCAAUAACAGGGAAAUAGAGCGUAUAAAUUAUAGUAAUGCACAAGUAAAUCAGAUUUUCCAAUUACUGUUGAAAACUAUAGUAAAGAUAUUGUAGAUGUUAUUCUGCUGCAUGACUCACUGGAGUAUUUCUAUAAGAGCUGUCAUCUCUUUCUAGGAACGUAGCUUUUUACAUGUUCCAUAUAAGCUUUUACAAUGAUUAGUGAAAUGUUUACUAAAGAUUUUCAUAAGUAUUUACGAUUUGCACGUUUAACAUAAAUAUCAUUGCAGUUUUUUUUUACAUAUACCAUGUUAGUAUGAGUUAGAGGAAACUAUAGCUUCAAAAAGUAAUUAUUGCAAUGUUUACGAGUGUUUUUAUGAACGAUUUGACGUCCAUGCUUAUGGUAACACAAUUUCAUGCAAUUUUCUAAUGCAUAUUUAAAUACAAGUACUACUCACAUGAUUUAUCUGAAAUAUAUAGCACAGAUAGUGAUUUUGUGAAAGGGCUUAAAUGUUGAAUCAUUUAUAUAUAAACUAUUCAAAUGACUAUUGUAAUUUAACUCGUGGUUAAGAAAAGAAAAAAAGAGUUUUAAAAAGACGAAAGAAAAAUAUAACUAGUAAUAAUGAAGGUGACGUACACGUCCAGCUUCUGAUAAAAAGUAAUACAAAAUAUUUUUCUCGAAUUUUUUUGAUUUAAAAUAUCAAUAAAACAGGCGAACUCUGUAGGAUUGCUAGGAACUUUAGGGCAUUGAGGCAGCUGUCACAGAAAAGAAAGAUAAUUAGUUUCUUAAUUAAUUAUUACUCUUAUUGUAUUAUAUGUCAACUAUGAUUAUUGUUAAUUAAUUAUUAUUAACGUUUGAAUACAUGUAAUGAAAUAUAUAAAAAAUCUAUACAAUUUUUUUUCAUCUUCUAUUUUUUCUCUGUUUAAAGGAAUCUACGUAAUAUUAGGUACCACUGGAUAAUUAAACCUAAGUGAUUUCUAAUUUAAAACUAGUUAUGUGAUUUUAAGAUAUAGAAUAAAGACGGUAGUAUGUAAUAAUGUUAAAAAGAAGGUUCAUUGAUCUAAAAAUUCCGAGACUUAAAACUUAUCACGAAACGUAUUGAAAUUUUAAGUUUCAAGUUGUGCGUAAAUACGUUAUCACGUUCGCAUCACCUAAAAGAUAUAACAUGAUUAACAAUUCCAAAUUGAAGAGCGUUGUUAUCAAAGUAAAUACAGAAGGUUUCACAUGUGUCUCUUACGAAUAUUGACACGUGUACAGUUAAAUCCAUGUUUAUAAAAUUUCCUUGUUAUAUAGUUGAAAAAUCUUAAAUAGUACAUGGUUGUGAUACUUAAUCUUUCCUUCAAUUACUUUAUAAAUAUGUAGACUGUAAAUUCGUACAACACACCAGUGCUCCAUAUAUAGUUUAGUUUCAAUAUAAUGGAAAGCGUAGUACUUAUCUAAAGGUGUUAAGGUUUUAGAGAAUGAUUUAUUGUCGAACAAAUAUAAACAUUUUUUCUGAUUUACAAUAUCCAACGGACGAUUCUUGUAGAACAGGCAUGUUCAAGUGUGACAUGUGACUCCGGAAUUCCCAGUUGGUCCCGAAUUAGAGCUCAAUUAUCAAAAUGAAAGUAUCAGGAUUCGCGUGACUAUAUCUUAAAUACAGGACGAUUGAGAGAGCAAUAACUACAGGAUACAACAAAGUUAGCAUCAUCACCGAUCUUUCGGAUAGCUUUUCUACAAAUGCGGAAGCAUUGAAUUGACUUAAAAAAAAAAUUUUAAAAAGUUCAAUUCUUGUAAAGAAUUUUUCUUUCUAAACGUAAAUCUGGAAGUAAAAUUGCUCUGUCACUCUCGGUUUUUAGAAACAUGAAUUUUUGUAAAGACGCGAUGUUUUCUACAAAAAAAAAAAAAUGGAUUGUAUGGAAACUGACCCCGCUAGAAAGUUUAAACUAGUCUUAAAAGAUAAAAAAAGAAUUUUCUGAAUAUGUGUGUAUUUAGUUAUUAUAUAAAUUUUGUGAUUUUGAAUGGC